AUGCUCCUGUUACUGUUGACGGCAUUGUGCCCGACAGGCCAUGCCACCGAAUCAUCAAAGCGUGGCCUGGCAUAUACAGGCGACUCCAACGAGGCCGAUCUGAAUCUUCUCGUGUCAGCUCAGUCGCCGAUCUCCUGGUAUUACACGUGGUCACUCAACCAAGCGUCCGGAACAAACAACACCGUAGCCUUCGUGCCAUUGAUACACAACACGGACGAUGCAUCCAACUCGAAUCUGAACUCGCUGCUGAGCGCCCUACCCAGUUCUUCGACCCACGUGCUGAGUUUCAAUGAGCCAGAUGGCACUACCGACUCCGGCGGAAGCUCCAUCGAGCCCGAAGAUGCAGCGCAAUCAUACCUGGACCACAUCGCACCGCUUCGGACCUCGGGUUCCCGGUCGUGGAACAUCAGCUGGCCCUCCGUGACCGGCUCGACCCAGGGACUGGACUGGCUGCAGCGCUUCAACGAGUCGUGCUACGAUCUGGACCCCGACGGCUGCCCCAUGGACUUCGUCGCCGUGCACUGGUACGGCGACUUCUCUGGUCUCGCGUCGUGGCUGGGGACGUUGCAGAACUUCUACGUGGCGAACGCGACAGACCCCGACGCGGCCAAGGACUUGAAGUUCUGGAUCACCGAGAUGGCGCUGCCGCAGCAGGACGAAGACGCGACCGUGUCCAUGAUGAAUCAAAGCCUGAGUUAUCUCGACGGCCUGGACUACAUCGAGUCUUACGCGUGGUUCGGCGCGUUCCGAUCAGACGACUCGAACGAGUGGACUGGGAGCUCAGUCGCGCUGUUUGAUGACGACGGCGGUCUGACGGAGGUCGGUUCACUAUAUCUGGGCGGAGAGGAGAAUGGGUUUGCGAAGGGCACAAAGGGAGAGGGCGACUCGGCCGCGUCUGGCAUGCUUGUUUCCACCUCGACAUUGAUGGUAACCGGUCUGGUGAUGAUGACGAUGCUAUGGUGA